ACUACAUUGGGGAGGAAGGGGCGGGACGCGAUGUGUGUUGCCGGAAACGAGAUGAGUUCUUCAGCACCGGAAGUACUGGGGGCGGGGUCAAAUGGCUUAAGUGUCUGGGUUAGUUCCCGAAGAGAGGCUGCGAUGGCGAGCUCGACAACCCCAGUCUCGUUCCUUGCUCCUCCUCUAGAGCAGCUCCGGCACUUAGCAGAGGAGCUGCGGUCGCUUCUGCCUCGAGUACGGGUCGGCGAAGCCCAGGAGACAGCCGAGGAAUUUAAUCGAGAGAUGUUUUGGAGAAGACUCAAUGAAGCAGCAAUGAAAGUGUCUGGGGAAGCCACUGUUCUGACCACACUCUUCUCUAAAAUUCCAUCGCCAUCUCCACAGGAAACCCAGAGGAUCUGUGAGCAAGUCCACAUUGCCACUGAGGAAGUAAUUGCAGCAUACUACACAUUUCCUAAGGAUCAGGGAAUCACCCUGAGAAAGCUGGUACGAAAUGCUGUCCUGGACAUCGUGGAUGGCACGGCUCAGCUCCUGGAUGCGCUCCUUGCUGCUCCAUCUCAGAGCCCUGAGAAUGGUGACCUGAUUUCCUGCAAUAGUGUCUCAGUUGCAUGCCAACAGGUGGCUGAGAUCCCAAAAGAUAACAAAGCUGCAGCCCUUUUGAUGCUGACAAAGAGUGUGGAUCUUGUGAAAGACGCUCAUGAAGAAAUGGAGCAGGCCGUGGAAGAAUGUGACCCUUACUGUGGCCUCUUGGAUGAUUCUGAGGACAACUCCGACAGCCACCAUAAUGAGGAUGGUGUAGGGCUUCCCAGCAAUCGGGACUCAUACUGGUCAGAGGAAGAUCAAGCACUCAUAACUCCGUGCCUUGCAUUGGUGAGAGCUUCCCGAGCUUCCCUCAAGAAAAUCCGGAUCUUGGUGGCUGAGAAUGGAAGGAAGGAUCAGGUCGCCCAGCUGGAUGACAUUGUGGAUAUUUCUGAUGAGAUCAGCCCCAGUGUGGAUGACUUGGUUCUCAGCGUAUAUCCACCUGUGUGUCACCUCACCGUGCGGAUCACUAGCAAGUCACGUGAGCCCCCAGCCAGGAGAUAGCUGGAUCCCUUUACUCAUUAAUGCCGUUGACCAUUGCAUGGACAGAAUUAAGGAGCUCACUCAGCGUGCAGUUGAGCUGUGAGCUUCCAGUCCUUGUUCUUUCUCCCCUCCCUCUCGCACCCAAGCCAGUGUCCGCUUUCCUUAUUUAUUGUUAAGUGUUUUCAGUGUCUGCUUUCGGAAGUGGAGCUGUGACAGGGUGUUUGCUGGAUGGAAAGGAAGCUUCUGUUUUUAAGAAGAGAUUGUUAUCAAGAUUCUAGGCUAGGAGAGACUGCAGUUAGCUUCUGUGCUAGACACAAAUGUGUCCAUGCUUGUACUCGGGGCUGAUUUUUGGAAAUUCUUAGGGAAGAUGUCUUGUUCUCUAGUUUAUAGUAAAGUGUGUUGUUGUUUUAUUAAGAUUUUGAUCAUCUCAAUAAAAUGCUAACCUACUUGA